AUGUUUUCCACGCUCUCUGUCUUGAGUGCCUCCGCGCUCAUUUCUUCCACUCUUGCCAUCCCAGUCGACCGCCGGGCGUCGACAUGGUCAACCUUGAGCAGCAAAAUCACGCAUGUCGUGUAUCUCAUGAUGGAGAACCACUCCUUUGACAACAUUGCUGGGUACUGGGACUUCAACCCCGACAUCGACAACUUGCGCAACGUGUCAUACUGCAACGAAUUCACCAACCCCAACUGGACCGUGUGGAACGAGCCGUUGUUGAUCUGCGCGGGCAAGUACGAGGCCGAAGUCCCUCUGAAAGACCCGGACCACAACUUCGCCGGCACCAGCUACGAGAUCUACCGCAAGUGGGAGCCGACGGCCGACGAUGUGCCCGACAUGUCUGGCUUCAUCGAACGCCAAUCCGAGAGAUACAACGCCACGCCGGGAGACAGCUCCUUUGUCAUCAAGGCGUAUGACCCGGACAUGGCGACGACUCUGAUGACGCUCGCGCAGAACUACGCCUUCUGGGACUCUUACUACGCCGAACACCCCGGACCGACGAAUCCGAACCGGCAGUUCGCAACGUCCGGCUCCAGCUGCGGGUACGUCGACAACACGGACCAAUCCGCGGGCUGGUUCAGCAACACGACAGGCACGGACUGCGCCGUGUCGAUCUUCGAGUCGCUGUCGCGCAAGAACAUCACCUGGAAGAACUACUACGAGACGGACAUCAUCGACGCGUACAUGUACAAGUGGGUGCAGGACAACGCGAUGGACCGGCUCGUGCACGCGGACCAGUUCUACGAGGACCUGGCCAACAACAACCUGCCCCAGUUCUCGUACAUCAACCCGGAAUGCUGCACCAUCGACUCGAUGCACCCGACCAGCAACAUGGCCGCCGGCGAGAUGAUGAUCAAGCACCUGUACGACUCGCUCCGCAACUCCUCCUACUGGGACAACGUGCUCCUGAUCAUCAACUUUGACGAACACGGCGGCUUUGCCGACCACGUCCCUCCACCCGUCAACAUCCCCGCGCCCGAAGACGGCAUCACGUUCAGCGGCAAGUCCGACGGCCACAACGUGAGCUACGACUUUACGCGGCUGGGCGUUCGGGUGCCGGCGUUUGCCAUCUCGCCGUGGAUCACGCCCAACACGCUGAUCCACGACCAGGGCACCUCGUACGCCGACAACUCGGCGUACACGCACUCGUCGAUGCUGCAUUUCUUGCAGCAGCUCUGGGGGUUGGAGGGCCUGAACAACCGUGUCCAGUGGGCCAAGACGUUCGAGCAUAUCUUUGCGGAUUCCCCCCAGGCGGGCGGCGGCUUGUCGAGCCUGCCCAGCCCCGUGUGGCAUGGUGGGCAUGGCCAGCCGGAGCCGGACCCGUUUUACCUGCUGAACCAGGAUGAGAGUUAUUAUGAGAACCUGGAUUGA